AAAUUUUUUUUGAUGAUUAAAUGUUGUACUAUAAAAAUUACCUUAUGUCUGACAAGGCACCUGUUAAUCACGCUAAAAUUUUUAUUGAUAAAUUUUAAUGGCCGAGGAAGAAGAGACUUUUCCCGCUAAUGCUAUAGAAGAACCCUUUGAUUUGAUUAAAUUGAGUUUGGAUGAAAAAAUAUAUGUUAAAAUGAGGCAUGACCGCGAAAUAAGGGGGCGACUCCACGCAUAUGAUAAUCAUUUAAAUAUGAUUUUGAGUGAAGUUGAAGAAAUUGUUACCUCUAUUGAAAUUGAUGAAGAAACCUAUGAAGAAAAUUAUAAAACUGUAAAACGAAACAUUCCAUUACUAUUUAUUAGAGGUGAUAGUAUUGUCUUAGUUGCUCCUCCUUCAAGAAAAUUGAUUAAGGAAUUGAAUUUUUAUUCAGAUCAGAGUCACAUAAUCAACACAUCUAUAUUAUAA